AAUCACCUCGGGGUCCCAUUUGAUUGGAAGGCGGCAAAGGCUUUAAUCUCAGACUAACUCAGCUGCUUUUGAAGUGAGUUUCUUUGCCAGAUCCCGGGCUGGACGAGCAGCGGCUCGCAGCAGCACAGCUGAGUGGAGGAGGAGGAGGAGGGAGAGCGCAGCAGCCGGGGACCAAGCGAGACACAUUCACCAUCUCCCCCCGCCCCCACCCCGGGAUUAUUCUGCUUUUUUUCCUCCUUCUUCCCCUUCUCUCCGGGCUCCCCCCGCCUCCACUAGGCAAAGCCAGAGACGUUUCCUGACUUUUUUGUUGUUGUUCUUGCUAGUUUGCUUUUGGGGGUGUGUGGCUGUCACCCCUCCUCCCCCGCCAAAGAGAGAAGGUUUCCGAGGCUGAUCAGCGCGACUCGUCCCAGUUUUCAUGCGAGGUUUUGGGUCAUGAUCACAUCGCCCUCGCUUUCUGCUGUAAGAAGUAGUAAGCACAGCAGCGGCGGUAGAGACAUUGGCGGCGGCAGCAGCCUCAGCCUCAGCCUCAGCAGCGCCGCUGAUCUCGCCUGGCAGAACGGGCACUCUGGGAAUACUACUAGCUGCACCAAGCCCUUCUUCCACUCCGUCCCUCCUUCGGACCCUUUACGCCAAGCGAAUCGGCUUCCCAUCAAAGUCUUGAAAAUGCUCACGGCUCGGACGGGACACAUUUUACACCCUGAGUAUCUGCAGCCUUUGCCUUCCACCCCCGUCAGCCCCAUAGAGCUGGAUGCUAAGAAGAGCCCGCUGGCCCUGUUGGCUCAGACGUGCUCCCAGAUCGGGAAGCCGGACCCUUCCCCGUCCUCCAAGCUCUCCUCGGUCACCUCGAACGGCGCGGGCGGGGACAAGGACUCCAAGUCGGGCCCCUUGAAACUCAGCGACAUCGGCGUGGAGGACAAGUCGAGUUUCAAGCCCUACUCCAAGCCGGGCGCCGAGAAGAAGGAGCCGGGCCCCGCGGGCUGCGGUGGCGCCGCCUCUGGGGGAGUCUCCAGCGGGGAGAAGUCGGGAUUCCGGGUGCCGAGCGCCACCUGCCAGCCGUUCACGCCAAGGACAGGCAGCCCCAACUCCAGCGCCUCCGCCUGCUCGCCGGGGCUGCUGCCGGCCGAGGGCAAGGCGGGAGAGGACAAGAAGGACGCGGAGGGCUGCGGCAAAGGGGGCGGCGCCGGCUCGGACGGGGGCCCGGGCGCCGCCAGCCUCAGCCACAGCCGGAUUAGCGUGAGCUGUGGCGGGAUUAACGUGGAGGGCGGCCAGCACCCGGAGGGCGCGCCAGGCUCCAAGCCCAUCUCCUCGGACUCGUCCUCCUGCAGCAGCAGCACCCCCGCCACCUCGUCCGCCUCGGUGCUGGGCUCCGGCCUGGUGGCCCCGGUCUCGCCCUACAAGCCGGGGCAGACUGUCUUCCCCCUGCCGCCGGCGGGCAUGAGCUACCCGGGCACGCUGGCGGGCGCCUACGCCGGCUACCCGCCGCAGUUCCUGCCGCACGGAGUGGCCCUGGACCCCACCAAGUCCGGCAGCCUGGUCGGGGCCCAGCUGGCCGCCGCCGGCAGCCUGGGCUGCAGCAAGCCGGCGGGAUCGAGCCCGCUGGCCGGCGCCUCGCCGCCCUCCGUCAUGACGGCCAGCCUGUGCCGCGACCCCUACUGCCUGAGCUACCACUGCGCCAGCCACCUGGCCGGCGCCGCCAGCGCCUCCUGCGCCCACGACCAGGCCCUCAAGUCCGGAUACCCGCUGGUCUACCCCACGCACCCGCUGCACAGCGUCCACUCCUCCCUGGCGGGGGCCACCCCGCCCUCGCUGGCCGGCCACCCCUUGUACCCCUAUGGCUUCAUGCUCCCCAACGACCCCCAGCCCCACAUCUGCAACUGGGUGUCGGCCAACGGACCCUGCGACAAGCGCUUUGCCACCUCCGAGGAGCUGCUGAGCCACUUGCGGACCCACACUGCCUUCCCGGGCACCGAUAAACUCCUCUCCAGCUACCCCAGCUCCUCCUCGCUGGCCAGCGCCGCCGCCGCGGCCAUGGCCUGCCACAUGCACAUCCCCACCACGGGGGCGCCGGGCAGCCCCGGCACGCUGGCCCUCCGCAGCCCGCACCACGCCUUGGGACUGAGCAGCCGCUACCACCCCUACUCCAAGAGCCCUUUGCCCACCCCAGGUGCCCCGGUGCCAGUCCCUGCGGCCACGGGACCUUACUACUCCCCCUAUGCACUGUACGGGCAGAGACUUACCACAGCCUCCGCUCUGGGCUACCAGUGAGUGUGGGGUGGGGGAAGGAUUGCAAACGACCUGGGGAGGGGAAAGCGGGGGGGUGAAAGAAACCCUCCCACACUUUAUACAAGCUGAAAUCUGACUUUUUAUAAAAUAGUGUUCAUUUGAGGACUGGAUCCGUGAGCACUGUAUUUAUUUAUGUUAGCUUCAAGCGGGACAAUGAAUCAUAAAGUGCAUUACUUAACUGAGCUCAAUAGGUAAAAGUUGAACACCCAUUGUAGAAUAUAAAUAAAAAGGAAAUAGAGGUCUUCUCUUUAAUGUUACUUUAAAAUUGCUAUGAUUGUAUUGUACGUUCUUAUUUAAUGUCUCCUUGAAACAAAAAAAGUUACAUGCAUGUUUGUUACUAAAAAACCAACUGGCAAUUUGUCAAUUAUAACUUCAAAUUGCAAUUAUUUUUACGGUGUAUACAACUGAAAGAGAAUUGGUAUUUUUUUGUAUGUAAUCUGGAAGAAGGAAAAAAAACAAAAAAACAAUUCUAUUCCAAAAACCUCAUUUGCCUUAUUUUGUUCUUUAAAAGGAACACUUAACUAUUUUUAAUUUUUAAGUCCACCCUGUAAAAGGGGGUAAGGUUUACGUCAUGUACUAAAAUAAUAGACAAUGUAUCGCUUUAAAGAUUAAAAUUCCGUAUAUUUGA